AUGCCGCUCCCCGCUCCCGUCCCCUGUGUCCCUGAUCGUCCUUACAAGAUCCUGCUCGUGCAGGUGGGGACCCUGUCCUUCUCCCACCCCUCGUUUGGUGUGUCCGUUUUAUUUAUUUUAUACUCGACCCAGCUCCGAGCACGCUCGCUCGCCGCUGGGCGGCGCGCGUCCACGCUGCGUCGGCAAAACGCGACACAGGAGCUCGCUCGCUGCUGCGGCGGCGGCGGCAGCGACGCCGACUGCCGGCAGCCGGCUCCCGCAUUCGUGGCAUCCUAUGGGUCGUCCAGAGUAUCGACCUCUGGCUUGUCAGCCGGUCACUUGAUGACGACCAUGAAGUACAGCGAUCGCCACCUCGCUGGCCUCUCCGCAAGGCCUCCCGACCGCGUCGAACUCACGGCGCGGGCUCUCUCGGCUACGGGACCGGCCCCAGCUUCGGCUGAGGGCUAA